AUGUCCUUCCUCGAUCUCCCAAACGAGAUAAUCCUUCAAAUCUGCCAGCACGGUCUCGAGUUCCCUGACCUCAACGCCCUUCUCCGAACAAACCGCCGACUGGCAAUCCUCCUAAACCAUGUCCUCAUCGAUGCCCUUUUCCGCACCCGCCACCACAAACACGCCGUUCGGGCACUGUACUGCGUUGCCGACCUCGAAGAUAAAGUCAAAGUGCAAAGACUGCUAGAUAGGGGUAUCCUCAAUGCCGUAGAGAAUCAAGUGUUGAUUAGUCACGCAACGGUAACGCAGAGCGGGAGGGUGGUGCGUACGCUGCUGGAGUGCGGGAUCACUCCAGUUCGCGAAGAGCGGCGGAGCAGGACACCGCUGUCGCUGGCGGCCGAGUAUGGGCGUGUUGAGGCGGUAAAGUUGCUUGUGGGAAGAGACGAUGUGGACAUUAACGCCCACGACUAUUAUAACAAGACGCCAUUGCAUCUGGCGGUUUACGGGAAGCACGAGGAGGCUAUUCGGACCCUGCUGAGCGAUCCAAAGGUGGAGGUUAAUGCUAAGGGGCACGACGACCAAACGCCAUUGCACGUCGCGGCGAUCGAAGGACAUCUAGGGUGCGUAGAGGCGCUAUUGGAGGAUAAAAGGGUGGAGAUUAACACCGGUGAUGGGAAGGGAAUAACUCCCUUGUCCCAUGCCGCUAAAAUGGGCCACAAAGAAAUCGUCCAGCUCCUUUUAGGCGACAGCCGAAUCGACGUGAGCAGAGUCGACGAGGACGGAAAUACACCAUUACACAUGGCAGCCCACUCCGGUAAUACAGACCUCAUACAGCUCCUCUUAUCAGGCAACCGCUUCGACUUAAAAGCGCUCGACAAUAGUGGGUCCACAGCCCUCCACUAUGCCAGCCACGGGGGCCACGAAGCUGCCCUCCGCCUUCUCCUAAAAGAUGGUAGAAUAGACAUCAACCACCCAGACAAAUCCCUAGCGACACCACUACACAAAGCCAGCCGCGCACCAAAUCCAUCGACCGUCCUCGCCCUCCUAGAACAACCCACGAUUGAUGUCAACCCGAAGGACAGCGGCGGGUACACGCCACUCCACCGGGCAACCUGGGAAAACCAUGCGGCGAUAAAACCACUCCUAGAGCACCCAAACACAGACCCUAACAUCGCCGACAAGCGCGGCCUAACCCCCAUCGGCCGCGCCGCAAGACGUGGUAAAGAUGAAGCCGUGAAAAUAUUACUUGCCGAUCCCCGUAUUGGCAUGAAGUGCCACUCCAGCUCUGACUCCACCUUAUUACAUAUUGCGGCAAGAGACGGGUACGAAAGUAUCGUGAAAAUCCUUCUGGAAGAUCCAAGAGUCGACGUUAAUGCCGCGAACCCCGAUAGCGAUGAAUGCACACCAUUGCAUCUUGCAGUUUCUUAUGCUCAGGAUGGAGUUUUGAAGUUGUUGCUCGCGGAUGAGAGGGUUGAGGCAGAGAGUAAGGACAAGGCGGGUAGGACACCGUUGGACUUAGCGCUUGAGAGAGGGCAUGAGGUGUGUGCCAAGUUGCUGAAGGAGAAGACGGGAAAGUUGGAGGAAAAAGUGGAGGAAAAGGCUGAUGAUGGAGAUGCGGAAGGUAGUAGCACUGCGGCCGGGGGUGGGGAGGAGGCCAGGGAUGGGGAGGGAGGUACAGGUGGAGAAGGUGUUACAAAUGGGGAGGUGACUACAGGUGAGGAAGCUGUCACAGCUACAGAGGGAGCUGCUAUCGGAGAGGGGGCCGUGGUUGCAGAGGCAACUGCCCCUGGCGAGCCCGCCGUAACCUUUGAGCCAUCCGGAGAAGAAACGGCCACACAGGAACCAACAGCUGCUGCUGCUGAGGUAGUUGCAGCCAUGGUGCCAAUUGCGGGGGACAAUGCUCCGCUCUAG